CCAUAUAGGGGCGGCCCGGGGCAGCGGCAGCACUGGCAGCGCUAGGGCUGUGCUGCUUCGCUUGCUUCUGACGGCAGCCUUUCGUGGGCCACUCAGUUUUUUCCCGCAGAGAGGUGGUUAACUCAUCGCGCUAAGCCAUGGCCUCGGUACCCUCUGCUGGCUGCCUCGUGGCCAAGAACCAGUACUACAGAACAAGACAGAACUCGGAAUCCAGUGCUUCUUCCAGCUCCUCCUGCUGUUCAGAUGCUGUGAAUACUACAGAGCAGGAUAAAGCAUUUCAUGGGUUACCUGAUAUAAUUGAUAAAUAUUGGUGGAUAAAAAGCUUUUUUCAUAGCGAGCCAUCUCCACCAUCUGUUGGCAGAAAAACACUAUCAGCAAGCAGUGCCAACAGUUGAACAGGACAGCACUCUGGCUUUACUGACCGAGAUUCUACAUACGGGCUUGUUUUUCCAAGAGGCUUGGGAUCUUCCUAAUGUCUAGAUUCAGCUGCAAGAAGAAAACAAAACCUUUGGGAGAGUGGAAAAGUGUAUUUUCAAAACAUUUGUCAGUAGCUUAAAUGAUAUUGCUUAAUGGACAUGUCCAUGGCCUACCUUGUUCAUCACAGAGUUGCAGUAAUUUCAGAUCUCUCUAACAUCCUGAUGACUUGGAUAGUUUAAGAGAAAUGACAGUACAAGUAAAAUACUGUAGCAUGCAUUGCAUUCUGAAUGACUUUCCAAUAGGUGAUAGUUCUAGCCUUAAGUUAUCAGCAGUCAUGCUGAUGUAAGCAGGAUUGAGAUACUCUGAAGUAGGACUGUUGUGUGGUACAUGGUUUCUAUUAAGUAUUUAUGUGUGAGUUACCGGGAGUGAUCUUACAAGUAUGCUUCUUAAUAGCUUUGCUUUUAGAAAGCUCAGUUGCACAAAGAAACAGUAAUUAGUUUGGUCCUUUUGUUCGAGCAGGGUGCAGGCAUCUCAACCUCAAGUACCCAGCUACAACUUUUGCUGGAAUCGACACAUGUUGGUAUUUGAGGGCAGAAGAAGUGUACAAGAAACCAGUAAUUGUACUGGGCACUGACAUCUUCCAAGCAGAAGAGCAACCUUAGUCAGAGUUGAUACUCCUAGCUCUGUUUUAAAUUACUUCUGCCUGCUGUGCUGAAGCUUGAAGAGCUACUUAUUCCCAAGCGAUGGGUCCUUUCAAUGUCCACUAUUGUGUGUCAGUUAUGUGCUAAAUCUGGGAGUGUCCAACUCAAUCACUUUAAGGUCAUUAACCAAGUCUGCCUUCGUAACGAUCCAUGCUCUUGAAAGAUAGCAUAGCACAUCUUCAUUUGGUCUUCAGCACUGCAGAUUGUUUAUUCUAAUGGGUGAAACUGAAAUGUAUCAGGGGCCACAGAAAGUAACAAGUAUUUGGCUGGAUAAUAUAAUUUCUGUGACUUAUCUAUGCAACUUCUUUAUAUGCUGUCACUAAACCUACGUGACCUUUGGCCAUCACUGGGAGAACUAACAAGAACAAACAUUAAUGUAGCAAAAAUUUCUCAUUAUAGGUUAAUGGUUGUCAUGGUUAUGUAUAAAUCCAAACUUUAUCAAGUGACUGCUUCAGGAAGGUAACAGUUUUGGAGGAGACAAAAACACUGCAUCAUUGUGUGUGAUAACUGAAAAGAAGACAAUUAUGGAAACAGUUUCAAGAAUCUUGACUUCUCACACAACUUAACAGCCAUUGUAUAGUUUCAUCUUUGUCCUUUCUGUAAGUGUACAGAACUGACUAUUUUUUACACUAAGCUUUUUUUUUAAUAAUAAAGAUUUAAUCAGUAUUUGGUCAGACUUGAUUUUUGGCUUCCAAUAACAAAAUGAUGUUCAGUUUUGAUUGUGGUGCAGAAGUCUAUGGCAUGGUCUUCCUUCAGUCACUUAGAUGUGAAGUGAAAAGGAAUGGUGGGAAUGUAAUCUAGGAAGAAGAUGUUAACUUUUUCUGUAAUAUGUGGUAAAGUAAGGCAAACUUGCUUUCUGCAAGAAGGUGGUUGUGUUCCUUAAGGUCCUUUGAAGAAGGAAGAAAUGCUGGAGCCU